AUGGUGCCUCGCUUGCUCACGGACGAUCAAAAGCAGUCACGAAUGGAUGCCUGUCGCAAACUGAAAGAACAGUUGGAAGUUGAUCCAGACCUUUUCAAGUCACUGGGAGCAGCCAACGUCACCACGACCCCCCAAAAGCGCCUCAGUUCUGCUCUGUCUCUUUCUAUACUGUUAUAUUCUUUUUCUUUCUCUCGCUCACUCUGUCAGUCUAUCGUUUUUUCUCACCCUGUCUCUCUCGAUCUCUCUCUCUCUCUCUCUCUCUCUCUCUCUCUCUCAACCCUUUCUGUCUUAUUCGAUCCUGCUAUCAUCCUGUCUUUCUUUUUCUUUCUAUCACUCCCUCUGUCGGUCUCUCUAGAUCUCUCUUUCCCUCCCUCACACUCCCUCUCGUUCCAUCUUUCUGUCUCUUUCAAUCCUGUUAUCUUCCUGUCUUUAAUUUUCUUUCAUUUCUCACUCUUUCAAUCUCGCUUUCUCUCUCUUUCCCUCCCUCUCACUCUCUCUCCUUCUCUCUCUAUCCCUCCUUCUGUCUCUUUCGAUCCUGUUAUCUUCCUGUCUUUCUUUUUCCUUCUCUCGCUCACUCUUUCAGUCUCUCUCUCUCUCUCUUCUCUCUCACUCCCUCUCUCUAUUGAUCCCUCAUUGUAUCUCUUUCGAUCCUGUUAUCUUCCUGUCUUUCUUUUUUUUUUAUCGGUCAUUAUUUCAGUUACUCUUUCUCUAUCUUUCCCUUCCUCUCUCUUACUCUUUCUCGAUCCUUCCUCCUGUCUCUUUCGAUACUUCUCAGCGCUCAAUCUAUUAGUCUCUCUUUCUCUUUUUUCCCUCCCUCUCUUCUACUCUCUUUCGAUCCUUCAUUCUGUUUCUUUCGAUUAUGUUACCUUUUUUCUUUCUCUAUCUCACGCUGUCAGUCUCACUUUCUCUAUCUUUCACGCCCCUCACUUACUCUCUCUCUCUCUCUCUCUCUCGAACUUUCCUCUUGUCUCUUUCGAUGCUGUUAUCAUCCUGUCUUUCUUUUUCUUUCUUUCGCUGACUCUAGCUCUCUCUCUCUCUCUCUCUCUUCCUCUCUCUCUAUCUCUACUUCUCUCUCGAUCCCUACUUCUCUCACUUUGUCAGUCUCUCUUUCUCUAUCUUUUCCCCCCUCCCUCUGUCUCUCUCUCGAUCCCUCCUUCUGUCUCUUUCGAUCCUAUCUCUCUUUGCUUUAACCUCUUUCGAACUCUAAAUGUUUCUUUCUUUCUCCCUUCACUCUCAACCCUUUUUAUCGAUUUUUCUCCUUUUUAUCAUUCUCUUUCACUCUUCCGAUCUGUUGAUCCCCGACUUUUGAACUUCACUCUCUCUCUCCCUCUCUCUCUCACUCUCUCUCUCACUCUCUCUCUCUCUCUCUCUCUCACACACACACACACACCUUUAAUUUCUUUUUCUAUUAUUUAUUUAUUUGCCUUCCAAAUGUUUGGCAUUUGUCCAUCACUUCCUUUUUUUUUCUCUCGACACAGCAGAGUCGGAUCCACGUUCAGAGACGCUCUAAUGACUCAGGACAAAACGACGCAGAUCGAGAUUGGUCGAUCCAUCCACACCAUAUCACCAACAUGUCUUCCUUUUCAUUUCUUAUUCCUUUACCAAUUCUUUCUAAGUCUUUCCUUUUCUUUCACUCAAUUGUACUACAUUAAUUUUCUUCCUAUUUCUUUCUCUCUCUUCAUCACAAUUUCUCUUUUUCUCUUUAGUCCUUUUUUCAUCAAAGAUCUUACUUCUAAAUUGAUCUAA